UGGCGUGCGGCGGGGCCGGGCUGCGGCUGGCGGCGCUGGCAGCGCGGCGGGCGGCGGGCGCGAGCGGCGGGACCCGCGCUGCCAUGUCUUCGCAGUCUCACUGGUUGACAACAGAGGAGAGGACUCAAGUUUUACUCGAUCUCAAGGCUUCAGGCUGGUCUGAGUUAGGCGAAAGAGAUGCCAUCUACAAAGAGUUUAACUUCAAAAAUUUUAAUCAGAGGACAGAAGCCGUUCCCCUCUUCAUAGUUCAGGAAAAAGCUCGACAUACAGGUCUCGAGGGGACGUUCAGAGUUGUUAUUAGAGACCAAGCUUUUGGAUUCAUGACGCGUGUUGCUCUACAAGCAGAGAAAAUGAAUCACCACCCGGAAUGGUUUAAUGUCUACAGCAAGGUUCAGAUAACUCUGAUUUCCCAUGACCGUGGUGGACUGACCAAGAGAGACGUGAAGUUGGCUCAGUUUAUUGACAAAGCUGCUGCCUCAGUGUGACCAAGAUGUAAAAUGCUUUAAUACGGUGUCCACCAGUAUUUUGUAUUUAAAUGACAUCCCCCAUUCCUUGUAACCCUAGUUCACAAAAUGUAAGAAGAGUGGCUUAGUUUUGUUGGACUUUAAGACUUUAGUCUUGAGAUCCAUCUGGAUGCCUGUGCUUGUCCUUUGCUGUUACUGGCUCUGCACAGGGAGCAUUUCCACUGUGCCUGGCCAGUGCCCUCCUGUAGAUUUGUACCUCUUUGCCCUUCAGUGUAAGAGCUGCCAGGCCAGGUUAGUUUCCUCUGGCUUGGGACCUCCUCCUCUGCCCGUAGCCAAUGGAAAGUGCCAGGGAUGUCAGUGGGAGCAGCUCAAGCUGCUGCUGCUGCUGUUUCCUUGGAGUUGCAGCUCAAUUAGCAGUUACAACUUUGUGGUUAUUAGUAUCUUUUGUACUUGCCCGACAGCUCUUCGAACUCAUUUGCCCUUUUGGCACCCACAACGUAGCAGUUACAUCCAUCAAAAGUCAUGCUGUGUGCUUGAGAACUGUUCCCCAUCUGAGAAGCAGGACUGGAUCCUGCAGUUGCUCAAAGCCUUAGCUCUGGUCCAGAAAAUACAAAAAAACCUCCCAAUGAACUCCCAGCAGUCACAUCAUUAAAUGAAGCUGUGCUUCAGUGCUUGGCUGGGCCGACUCAGUGCUCAGCACCUUGCAGGAUGGAGCCAUUAUUUGUGUGGUACCUGCUGGAGCGGGGGGCUGUGUCUUGGCCGGGUGCCUGGAGCACCGUCCAGAGCUGCCGGCAGUGAAGGAAGCAGCAUUAGCAGGAUUCAUGUUAAGCUGGGCUCGGCUCAACUAUGCUCACCCUUUUUUUUUCUGUAGCUACAGUUACUCAUUGUGAACAUUGUUGCAAGAGCUGCCAAUCCCCACUGACAAGGUUUAAAAUCGUUUCUUUGGUGGUUUUGAAGUCUUUGGUUUUAUCCUCUGAUCCUCACCGAGGCAGAUUUCCACCACUGUCAGGGAGAUUUCAACCUGCUGCAGGCUGGCAGAGGGCCUCUGGCUCUGCAGCCCCGCUGCCGUGUCCCCAGCAUGCUCCGUCAUGCCCCGCCAGCAGCUCCCAGCACUGAGCUGCGGGAGAUUGACACCUCUGAAAUGCCGGAGCGCAUUGCUGGGAUGAUGCCGGCGGCACAGCCUGCGGCUCCCCAGCAGCGACACACACCGAGGCCAAAAUCCCGGUUGGGUGCACCUGCAAGGUGUGUGUGGUCCCUCAGAUAUUUGGGGUGCAAAAUGCCGCCAGGUGCCCCACAAGCAUUCGUGUCGAUGAAAAGAGAAAGGGAUUUUUUUUGUUAAUCCUUAGCAAGUGCGCUGUCAUGUGCUAAUUGGUGGCAGGAAGCAAGAUGUAAGAUGUUGGGGUUUAUUGUCAGUAAGCUUGCUUGGGAAAUCAAGCGAACACCUAAAAAGACUCCAAUUCAACCUACGUGCUCAACUGUUCUUUGCUCACAAGUGCCUUUCCUCAGUGAAGCAGCAGAUUUCCCUGAUAUGGUUUGAAAUGUUGUGAGGAAUGAAGGAAACUAAAACAAACAACUGGGCUGUGAUGUCUCCUGUUACUAGUGGGGAAGUGAAACAAUCUUCACCCAAAGUUUUGACAACAUCUCUAAUGAACUGUGAAAACUUUGUUGUUAGAAAUUGAUGUGUAAUGCCUGCGCUUUGAAUAAAACCAAUAAAAUCAAA